AUGCAGGCCGGCAGUGCGAGCGGCCCUGCGGAGGCGCCAGCCGCGACGGAGGAUGGGCGCCGAUGCUCUUGUGGACGGGAACAGGAGAAGGCGUGCUCGCAGGGCGUCGCCGUGGCCGGCAUCAUGUCGGUGCAGCUCGUGUUCGCGACCUACCAGAUGCUUGGGAAGGAGGUCCUCGAUAGCGGGGUGAGCCCAGUCGCUUUCGCGCUGGUACGCGAGCUGUGCAGCUGCGUCGUCUUCCUGCUGGCAUCCGUGCUGCUAGUACCGUGGCAGGGCUGGCCCCAGAGCAAACACUUCCUGCGGUUCUUGAUGUGCGGCGCGUCCAUGUUCGGCAACGUGUUCUUGAUGCUCCUGGGCCUGUCCCUCACCUCUCCGUCGAUGGUGGCCCUGCUCCAGCCCACGCAGCCCGUCUUCGCGUCCAUCCUCGCCGUCGCGCUGGCCCAGGAGGACAUGACCGUCCGCAAGGCCCUGGGCGUCCUGCUGUGCGUGUCUGGCGGCAUGGGCGCCGCACUCGCUGCGCACGGCCGAGGCGAUGCAUCCGUCGGCAUCGCUGUCAUCUUGGCGCAGUGCCUCAGCGGCGCCAACUACGUCGUGCAGCAGCGGCCGCUCGUGCAGCAGGGGUACUCCCCGAUCAUCGUGUCGGGCACCUCCUACACCAUACAGGAGCGAGCCUGCUGA